AUGGUGUUCACCCGUUUUGUAGAGAUCGGCCGCGUUGCCUACCUCUCCUUUGGACCCCACGCUGGGAAAUUGGUGGCAAUCGUUGAUGUCAUCGACCAGAACCGGGCUCUUGUUGAUGGACCAUGCACAGGUGUGAAGAGGCAGUCCAUGCCCUUCAAAUGCAUGCAGCUUACAGACUAUGUGAUUAAAGUCCCACACAGUGCCCGCCAGAAGUUUGUCAAGCGAGCUUGGGAGAAGGCCCAGAUCAAUGAGAAAUGGUCAGAAACCAGUUGGGCCAAGAAGAUUGAGGCCAGGCAGAAGAGGGCCAAAAUGACGGACUUCGAUCGCUACAAGGUCAUGAAGGCAAAGAGAAUGAGGAACAAGAUCAUCAAGCAUGAACGGAGAAAGACAGUCUGUGGAUCCGUGUCAAGUGAAGCUCUGCACUCUCGGUCCAGACGUCCUCCCCGAGCCCUGAUUAUAGCUGUAAAAUGA